AUGACUGUCACCGAGCUCAAAGUGCAGAAGGACAGCCUUUUCCAGCUCAGCACGGAGCAAAAGGCAUUGGUAGGCAACUUGGCAAAGGACAUGAUAUUCAACCCCAAACAGAUAAUAUGGAUGCAAAUCCCUAUGGAGCUUCAUCAAAUAGUGAUGGCCCAUGAGCUUUUCAGCGAGGUUGCGGGCAACGACUUCCGUGAGAAGAUACUUCUCAAUGAGUGUAAAGAGAUGGGCCGUAAUGCUCGCACACAAGUACACUUGGCACGCCGGUAUUCUAUCGAGAACAAGAAGGAAUACCUUGAGGGUCUUCAGGCGACCUUUUUGGCAGGAGAGGAUGAAGGCAACAAAAGCACGACACUUCAACUAACGAGGAAGAGAAAGGGGACUGGAAAAGUACCCAAGGGCCAUGAUUUUUGGGUCAAACUGGAAGUGUGGUUUGCCACCAAGGUGCAGGCAUGGGGCAGUAACAAAAGUUCCCCCACUUGGGAGCAAUACAUUAUCGAGACAGUCUGUCUUGACCUUAAAAGGUUCCGAGAGGGACCGGUGAUACGCUAG